AAUUUUUUAUGGAAAUGAAGUAAAUGUAGAAAUUCUGUGGAAAUUAGAGUUUUUUGAGAAAAUCGUCAUAAAUCUGCUUUAAAUUUCAAGUUUUUGAUUCAACGUAAAAUGUAAUAAAUUCCAUCACAAAAAGAAGUAACUGUAGAACACUUAUGAAUAUUAAGUUAAUUUUAUGGAUAACUCCGGGAACAUGGGGAACAUUGACAAUUUGGCGCGAAACAUAAUAGUGCGGCAAUUUGGCACCAAAAGCGAAAAUAAAAAUGAUAAAAUUACAAAUAUAAUGCAAUGGAGCGUGAAAGUGACACAAGCGAUGAAAGCAUUUAUAACACCGAUAAUGAGCAAACAGAUGCCCGGAAUAAACCAAAGGAAAAGAAAAAGCCUACAUACAAACAGAAAUUUUGUAAUGCUUGGCUUUCCGAUGCAAAUUUCAAGGAAUGGAUACAAGAGAAACUGGAAACUAAUGAGCAUAGCGUACCUUACUGCAAGGUUUGUAAAGUGCAGUUGUCUUGUUCGAAAACUGCCCUUAGUAGACACAUGCAGGCGAAAGGACAUAAGGAGGCCGUUAAAAUGAUUGCAGAACUGAGUAAAUCUAAUUCAAAUAUAAGAACAAUGUUUGGUGCCUCGGCAGCCUCGCAGAGUUCUGUUGCUAAAAUGGAAAUAAAACUCUGUAGUUUUAUCGUUGAGCACAACCUACCCAUCCAUAUAAGCGAUGAUUUGCUGGCUCUGCUAUCCAGCUUAUUUCCUACGAAUAAAACAGUCCAGAAAGCAACAUUAGGAAAGCAGAAAGCAACCAAUGUUAUUCGUCAGGUUCUGGGAUUUCAUACUCUUAAAGAAUCCAUUGCUGAUUUGAAGUCUAGAAAGUUUUCAUUGAUCAUUGAUGAAACGACCGAUUGCUCUCGCAAGAAUCAACUGGCUAUAUUGGUGAUCUUUUUCAAUCCAUGCACAUUUAAGAUGGAUUGUAACCUGAUUGACAUCAUUCAAUUGGAUGAUGGAAAAGCUGAGACAAUUUAUAGUGCUAUAGUGGAAUGCUUUGAACAGAAAGACAUUCCAAUGGAAAACAUUGUCGGAUUUUGCGCAGAUACCUGCAAUGUAAUGUUUGGAUCACGUCAUUCUGUUGCUCAAAUGCUGGUUGCCAAUUAUCCAUGGAUAAUACCUGUCAAAUGUGCUUGCCAUAUGAUCCACCUUUGUGCAUCUCAUGCGUCAGUGCAGCUGCCUAAGUCUAUAGAAGAUUUAUGUCGAAACAUAUCUUCAUAUUUCCACUUAUCCCCUCUACGAACCAAGAACUUUCAAGAAUUCCAAGAGUUUUUUGACCUUGAGAAACAUCAGCUGCUAAAACCUGGACAAACCAGAUGGUUAUCAAUGAAGAUGUGUGUAGAUAGAAUCAUUGAACAAUAUGAUGCUUUGAAGCUCUAUUUCACAGGUGCAGCAGUUGAGGAUCCAACACAUACCAAUGACAGCAUUCUGAAAAGUCUAAACAACAAGUUCACUCUAGCAUACCUUGAGUUCAUGGCUUUCAACCUUGGUAGAUUUACUUCUUUCAACACUUUAUUCCAAAGUGGAAUCCCUGUGCUGUAUCUGCUGAAAAGUGAACUCAAAACCCUGCUAACAUCAAUACUCUCAGAUUUCAUGGAGGUAUCAUAUGUGCGAAAAAAUGAUCCAUGGCAUAUUGAUGUUAAUGACCAGAAGCAUUACGUCUCACUCAACAAAGUCUAUGUUGGACCUUGUGCAAUUGAUACUAUCCGAACCAUAGAGGAUGGUAUUGGCAAGGACCAUCCUGAUGUGCAGCUAUUUUUCACUCAUUGUAGAAAUUUUCAAAUAGAAUCUGUAAAGCAAAUUUUGCUACGAUUUGAUGAUUGUAGCAAGUUUGAUUUCUUAUCAUUUCUCACACCUGUUUCUGCUUACUCCCUGUCUCCACCAUCUUUAUCGCAAGUCUACAGUCAAUUUCCAAAUCUAAAGGAUGUUGCAGACUUGAGGGAAACUGAUCGAGAAUGGCGGCAACAUGCACUUAGCCCCAAUUUGAAUGGUGAGAAGAGUUUUGAGGAAUAUUGGAAAGUGGUGUUCAGUGAGAAAAACCAAGGUGGAGAGAAAGUUUAUCCCAAUUUAACCAACGUGGUAGCUACAGCCUUAUCUUUGCCAUUUUCCAAUGCUGCUGUUGAGCGUGUUUUUAGCCAACUAAGGCUUAUCAAGAAUGAUCAUCGGGCAACACUCAAGCAAGAAAGUUUGUUGGCUUUGCUUUCAACGAAGUAUUCCUUCCUAAAGAAAGGAAAACGUCAGGCUGUUUUGAUGGAUCCUUCAAAUGAAAUGCUUAACCUGCACAAACGAAUGAAAUCCAAUGCUGAUGACGAAGAUGCGGGAAAACUAAGAGCUGAAUUUUUGAAAGAACUUAAAAACGCUUGA